UCCACUGUAAGUGGAUGUAGCUCGACGUUGACACUCUCCCUCCUGGUCUCUGGUCCUCCCUCGUUCAGCCUGACAUCAUCUUCUUGGUUUUCCUUUGGACAGAUGAAGCUCUGAGAUAAAGGCAGGUUGUCAGGAUGCAGCUUCGAUGGUUGCUAGGGGCGUGUCUGUGGUUGCUAUGCAUCGAAGAGGUUCGGACAACAACCUUCAAGAUCGCCUUGGUCGGUCCGUGGUCAUGUGACCCGUUGUUUUCCCGGGCGAUGCCGACAGCAGCGGUCACGCUGGCAUUGUCCAGGUUACGGACUGACACCAGUAUGAGCAGAGGGUACUGGUAUGAUGUCAAAGUGCUGGACGAGGACUGCUCUGCCUCCAAAGCUCUGACCAACUUUGGGGACUUUGAAGGUUAUGGCUAUGCCUACAUUGGACCCUUUAAUCCCGCCCUCUGUCACUCUGCCUCCCUAAUGACUGAGCAUUGGGAGGCUGGACUCUCCUCUCCUGGUUGUCUAGAUGCUGACUGGCCAAACCUGCCGCCACUGACUCCUCCCACCAGAGUCCUGUUCACCGUGCUCAGAUUUUUUGGCUGGGCGCAUGUCAGCAUCAUCACAGCUGCCACCGACCUUUGGGAGAGCACCGGACAGGAAGUGGCCUCUGCGCUCCGGGCUAUGGGUUUGCCGAUUGGGCCGGUGGUUACCAUGGAACCAGGCAGCAAAGGCAGGGCUCGGGAGGCGCUGAACGAAAUCAGAGAAGCCGACAAGGUCAAAGUGGUCAUCAUGUGCAUGAGCUCUGUCCUGAUUGGUGGAGAGGAUCAGAGGGAGGUACUGCUGACCGCCCUGGAGAUGGGGAUGGUUUCCAAUGGUUACGUGUUCAUUCCCUACGACGCCCUGCUGUACGCGAUGCCCUAUCAGCACACAGUCUUCAACCAGCUGACCAAUAGCACGCAGCUUCGUCACGCCUAUAGUGCCGUGCUGACUGUUACCAUGGCAUCCGACCAGAGUUUCUAUGAAGCUUUCCGCGAGGCUCAAAUGAGCCGAGAGAUUCACUCGGGUGUCUCCGCCACAGAGGUGUCUCCUUUGUUUGGGACUAUUUUCAACAUGGUCUACUUCGUUGCAAAGGCAGUGGAAGAGCGCCGUCAGGCGGGGAGUGGACACUGGGUGACGGGCAAUCAGCUCAUGAAAUCAGAUGGAGGCUUUGAUUUUCAGGGAUUCAAUCAGGUGUUGUAUGGAGGUACUGAGGGGCGUGGCCUGCAGGCCAGCUACGUAGUGUUGGACAGCGAUGGCGACCGCCUCGUCCCAACACACUCACUCUCUCCGACGCACACCGACGGGACGACCGGAGGUCUGAGACCGCUGAGCCGUUCCUUUGUUUUCCCGGGAGGAAAACCCCCCUCAGCCAGCUUCUGUUGGUUUAAUCCAGAUGAGGCCUGCAGUGGAGGUAUGGGCGCUGUAACUGUGCUCUUCCUCUUCCUGUUGCUCUGCACUCUGCUUGGAGGCCUUUUCUUUUGGAACAGGAGUACUAAGGGAGCCGUGACAGCAACCAAAAUGAUCCUUACUCUGGACGACAUCGUCUUCAUCGAUACUCAAGUCAGCCGGAAGAAACUCAACGAUGAGUCCAUCAUGAAGAGUCUUUUGGAAAUGAAAACUCCAUUGCGAUCGCUCGCUCGAAGUUAUAUCCUCACAACACCGGAGAGCUCCAACAUCGGGAUACUGGAGGGUGACUGGGUUUGGCUGAAGAAGUUCAGUACUGGAAAAACACCAACAGAAGCCAAUCAAACCACCCAGAAUAUGUUCAGCCAGUUGCGGGAGAUGCGACACGAGAACCUAAACCUGUGCCUGGGUCUGUUUGUGGACUCGGGGAUCUUCGCCCUGGUGGUGGAACACUGCCCCCGAGGAAGUCUGGCAGACCUGCUGGCUGACGGCAACGUGAGGCUGGACUGGAUGUUUAAAUCCUCACUGCUCAUGGACCUCAUCAAGGGCAUGAAGUACCUUCAUCUGCGAGGUUUGACUCAUGGCCGUCUGAAGUCAACAAACUGUUUAGUUGAUGGUCGCUUUGUUCUGAAAAUAACAGAUUAUGGACUCCCUAUGAUCCUGACAUCCCAGAGGAUCAGCAUUCCUGAGGAUCCACACGACAUGCUGUGGACAGCUCCGGAGCUUUUGAGGAAUCCGGUCUCAGGAGGUUCGUUUGCUGGAGAUGUCUUCAGCUUCUCCAUCAUCAUACAGGAAGUGAUCUCCCGCACACUGCCAUAUGCCAUGAUGGACAUGCCGGCUCAUGAGAUCGUGGAGCGUCUGAAGCAGCCUCCUCCUCUCUGCAGGCCGAUCGUUUCGGUCGAUGAAGCUCCUACCGAGUGUCUCACGCUGAUGAAUGAAUGUUGGAAUGAAGACCCGAGUAAGAGGCCGAGCUUUGAUGACAUUUUCAAACAGUUUCGAGGUAUCAGUAGAGGCAGGAGGGCCAACAUCAUCGACUCCAUGCUGCGGAUGUUGGAGCAGUACAGCUCGAACCUGGAGGAUCUGAUCCGAGAACGAACGGAUGAAUUGGAGAUUGAGAGAACCAAGACAGAUAAGCUGGUGGGGCAGCUCCUGCCAAAGUCUGUGGCUCAAGCUCUGAAGAAAGGGAAACCAGUGGAACCUGAACAUUAUUCGGACUGCACCCUUUACUUCAGCGACAUUGUUGGAUUUACAACCAUUUCUGCUCUGAGCGAGCCCAUCGAGGUGGUCGACCUGCUGAAUGACCUCUACACCAUGUUUGAUGCCAUCAUUGCUCUCCAUGAUGUGUACAAGGUGGAAACUAUUGGAGAUGCCUACAUGGUGGCUUCAGGUGUUCCCAACAGGAAUGGGAAUCGACACGCAGCUGAAGUGGCCAACAUGUCUCUGGACAUCCUGCACUCGAUAGGAAACUUUAAGAUCAAACACAUGCCCGAGAUUAAAGUCAAAAUCCGCAUCGGACUGCACUCAGGUCCCGUGGUAGCAGGUGUGGUUGGACUCAAGAUGCCCAGGUACUGUCUCUUUGGAGACACGGUGACCACGGCCUCACUCAUGGAGUCCUCUGGGCUACCUUACAGGAUCCACAUCAGUCUGAGUACGGUCAAAGUCCUGACCAGUCUGAAAGUGGGAUACCACAUAGACACCCGGAAGGCGCAGGUUAAGGGCACAGAGGACACGUACUGGCUGAUGGGUCGAGAAGAUUUUAAUAAACCUCUUCCUGUUCCUCCAGACCUCGCCGGAGGGGCCAGCAACCAUGGAAUCAGCCUGGAUGAGAUUCCAGUCGACAGACGACAAAAGUUUCUGGACCGACAGAACAAGAUGAAGAAGUGACAACACACACAGUGUCAUCAGCUGAUGAGACCCUCUCAAAGACAUCUGAACCCUGGAGAUCUUCAGCCUCCCGAAGGCUGUAAAGUCUGAGUGCACAAACCAAUCAUCACCAUGGGUGCUAAUUUCUACUUCCUGAUUUAACUGGAAGUCCUCUUUGAUUGGUCACUGACAUCGCUUCUGUCUGACUAGUGGAAUUUGUCCCUCACACUGUCUGAUGUUUGCACAGUUGUAUAGAAACUAACUGUUACCAUGGUGACUGUGAUGUGUUAGUGACCUUGAAAUAGAAUCAGGGUUGUUCAUGUCCAAUGAAUGCUGGGUAAAUGACUGUUAAAGAGUGGAUGCGUGACAGAUGUUGUGAUGAUCAGUAAUCGGUUCUGCGCACUGACGCUGGCUGCAUGCUGUCGCUGUUCCUCAUGCUUCUUUAAAAUGUAAAUGUUCCAUUAAACUCUGAGGUAGA